GCGAAAGGCAAAGCAGUUUGCUCCGCCUUAACGUUGUCUGCACGAUCACGAGCAAAUGGGUUGGCCAAAGGCCAAUCUUUUCCACGGCAUCUGCGCGUUACAUCUCAACUGAUCUCAAACCUCAUUUUUCCUCCCCCUUCCAUGGAUCCUGCUCCCUCUUCCGCCAUCCUCCACACUUCCCCCACUCCUCUUCCUCUUCGAAACCCUAGCCAAACCCCUGUCCCCAACCCUUUUCCCACCGCGAUCCCUCCCGCCGCAGAUCUACCCGCCGCCCUGUCCCUCCUCGAAGACCUCACCGCCGUCGCAGAGUCCGCUCUCAAAUCCGUCUCCGACUUUCUUUCCCUCCCACCCUCCUCCCCCGGCGGCUUCAUCCGCUGCCCGUACGACCGUCACCAUCGCAUGCCUCCGGAGUCCCUCUUCCGCCACUCCCUCCUCUGCGCCGCCGCCCCUGGGCACCCCUUCGUCGACCUCGGCUUCCUCGACACGCUGCGCUAUCUCAGCACGCUCAAGUCCGAGUCUGAGCUCCGGAAGGAGAACCCGUUUGUUCAAACUCUCCCUGAUCCAGACGCCGAUCUCUGCUUCUCUCUCGAUUCCCAGCUCGGGCACCUUGGCUCUAACUUUUUUUACAGAGACUGCCCCGCCGUUGUUACUACACCGGAGCCUGAUGCUUCGACUGCGACCUUCACACUACCUGGAAUACUAUCCAGGGAGUGCUCCAACUUCGUCUGCGAUCGUGAGGGAUUGAGUUGGGCUCUCGGGGAUGGCAGGAUCCUUCCAUCUGAGUAUUGGGCAAUGCGAUGUGAAGUGGAGGCGUGGAAUGACUUUCCGGUUUCACACUCGUACACAGUACUACGUGUCAUUUUGAGCUUGUCUUCCGUUGAUGAGGAUGGAUUGAAGAGGUGGUUGAUCUCAAAUUCACCUCAAUUUGGUAUUGUCAUCGACGUUGCUAUGAGGGAGCACAUAUAUCUUCUUCUUAAGCUGUGCUUGAAAGCGAUUGGAAGCGAGGCUUGUACCUCAUUCAUGUCACUUUCAAACAAAGAGGGGCUAUUUGAUCUCAAGUCUCUGACUUUUGAGUGUCCUAUACUGGUUAGAAGCUUCUCUUGGAUGGUAUAUCAGAUGUCAUUUUUGUAUGGGCAGAUGAAUGCUAAGUUGUUUACAGCUGCAAUGCUUAAAGAAUCACUAUUGCAAACUGGAUCUGGCUUGUUAGACCUAGCCAAUCAAAGGAACGUAGGAAAUCCAUCCAAAGAUGUUACAAUUGGCAAAGUCUUUGUUUCUCAAGUUGCUGCUGCAGUGGCUGCACUACACGAGAGGUUCCUAUUGGAAGAAAAUAUCAAGUCACUUCGAUUUUCCCAACCGCUCUCCAAGUCUCAGUUAAUAUUGGAACAUUCAUUUGCUUUAGCUAGAGGUUGUGAAGAACGUGGAAAACGCCCCAACUACAGACCUAUUUUAGAGCAUGAUGGGCUUUUUUGGCAUCGUGCACAAAAUCAGGAUCUUAAGAAGGUGAAGACAAGAGAAGAGCUGCUAGCUGAGGAAAGAGAUUACAAACGAAGAAGAAUGUCCUAUCGUGGCAAGAAGUCUAAGCGCAAUCCAACUGAGGUAUUAAGAGACAUUAUUGAGGAGCACAUGGAGGAAAUUAAUCAAGCAGGAGGCAUUGGAUACCAUGCGGAAUUUUCUACUAAUACACCAGUUUUUCCAGUCAAACAAUUUUCCAACAAUGAUGCAACUUCAGACCUAUGUAGCCCGCGGAACAGUGAUAUUGAUAUGUCAGGUGCAAGUAGAAACAUCAGUCGCAACAAGGAAUCACAAUAUCCUGAUGCUACUCAAAGUCAUCAACCAAAUAUUAAGUCUCACACAAAAUUGAGAUAUCAGCAACACGAGCAUUGGGUGGAGCAAAAUAGGAAUACACGUGAAAGACAAAAGGACCAUAGAUCUGGCAGCUCCUCUAUUCAAAAAUCCUUUUCAUCAGCCAAUCAUGAUAGACAUGAAAGGAAGCAUGGCAAUGCAUUUUCAACUGGUUGCGAGUAUAAGCGGAGUGAUUCUGGUUAUUUUUCUAGGUUCACAGAUCAAAGCAGCCAGUCGACCAAAAACUCAAAAUCAUCUAGUACCAAGUAUGAUGAUACAUCAAGAGAUAGAAGCACAGAAAAAAGAACUUACGAAACCCAUUUGUCAGAGGCAGCGAAACAGGAUGCAUUUGAUGAUAGAUAUAAUCCUUCAGUUUCAUAUGAUGAUUAUGAUACCAGCUAUGUUGAUGUUUCUCCAAGCAAGAAAUACUGUUCUUCGGAUAAGUUUUACAAUUCAAGAGAUGAAAAAUACCAUCAUGAACCCCGGAGAAAUUACAGUUCUUCACGAAUGCAUAGCAAAGAUCACAAGUAAAUCAAUCAAUUCUAGGUGAUUGCAGUACAAAAUGAGGAAUCAUGAAUGUUUCCACAUCUGUAUCCUUCUCCGUAUCCUCAUUAUUGAAGAUUGCAUGUUAUCUUUGCUAUACUUUUCCUUUAUAUUUUGUUGUGACAUUUGAAACCUACUAGACAAGGACUGACAGUACCAGUACCUGAUUACUUGAUUUUGUUUUUUUUCAUCUCUUUCAUCUGCUUAAUUAUAAAUCAAGGCAGGAUUGGCUUGUUGCAGUUCUAACAUGGACAACCAACACACCGAUUCUUUAGGUUUUUUCCAGUUAUUUUUUCAUUUUUCAAUUUUCAUCUAAUAUAGAUGGUUCAACCUGCCUAAGUUAGUCCUUAAAGCAGCAUGCUACCUAAAAUGUUCUGUUUUUAAUAAGUUCUGCAAGGUUUGGUUAUGGGUCAAAAGCCAUUGAUCAUACCGGAAGAGGUUAAUCGAUAAUUCCUUUGUGUGCGCUAAAUUAGUUAAGCAUGCAUUCUUGUUGCAUUUUUUGUUUCCCAUUCAGAACCUUAAUCCUUCAUUGCAUGUUCAAGCUGGUAUAAGGAUCCUUAUAUACCUUAGUUGAUAAAUUUCAUGUUAUUGGAUCUUUUUGUUCUUUUUUCUGUGACACGAUCGUUGAAAAUGCAUAUAUGACAGGAAUGUUGCUGGGAAAUCAACUAGAUAUGGAUGUGAGGAGGCAUAUUAUAGAGCUUGAGUAUAGUUUCUAUGUCACUUCCAAAUGUGUGCUCUUAUUAAGUUUAGAUGACACUUUAUUUUCAAUCAAUUGUAGAAUGUAAUUUCCUUAUUGUAAUCUUGUAUUUCAUUUGAUUCUGUUUUAGCUUUAAAAUUGCCUCUUCCUGAUGAUCACUAGGCCCCUAAAACUGGUUGAUUUACAGUAGCACUCUUACAACAACAAACAGAUGAUGAAAUACCAGCAAGAGAUGAAAAGUUCAAAUUUACGUGAAAAAUGUAA